AUCUUGAUGACUUAACAACUGUCUUGCUUCACGAUAGAAAUUCUGGGCUCAACUGUGGUCGUAAGUCAAGGACUACCUGUUCAUCCCCCUGGUGAUCCAUCGUAGCUUCAAACGUUUGCUAAGUGACCGGUCGUAAAUCGAGGAAUUGCCUGUCCGGUCACAAAAGUCAAGAUGGUAGCCACAACAAUGCCUCCAAAGUUCCAUCUCUGUUUUGAUGCUGGUCACGCACUAAACCGCCAGGGCUUCCAUCAUGUCGCGUGACUUUCUGUGACUUUGCCGGAUGCUCCUGCUCCCAAUUUGAAUCGGGGCAGAUUUACGCAAACGUUGCGGUUGUUGAAGAGAUGCUGGAUGCAGCUGAUAAGCCUCCGGAGGGUGACAGGUCUUGAUUUUAGAAGAACUGGGCACAGCCGGUGCCACCCAAAGAAGAGAUUAAAAUGUCUCGGGAAACGUAUUCUUAUGAUGUUCCCGACGUGUGCCUUGACUUCAAAGAUAUGAAUGACGAGACCAUUAACAUUGAUGCCUGGUUUGAUGUCCGAUCUGCCGCCUUGAUGACCCCAAGAGCACAGAUGGGUACGUCGGGCAUCCUGUCCAAAGCAUUAUCAUCGAGGCCUAACCUGCCUUUGGCUGUGGUCUCACCCAUGAUGAAAUCAGACGAGAAGGAGAAUGGAAAUCAAGAGAUGGAGCUGGCAAAUGAAGGCCCACCCAAUGUGGUUCAUUCCAUGACGGAGUGCCACCCAACCAGGCAAGAGAACCCAUCACCUCCAGGAAGGGUGGCCAAGAAGCUUUCGGCCCGGCAAAAGAGUGCCCAGCGUCGGAUUAUGGCCAAAAACCACGCAAAGAAGGUUGCCAUCGCCUUGGCCAGCAAACAAGAACCCCCUCCUGUGAAGAAACAGAAAAUGUCUAACCAUCGGGAAAACCUUGGGGAGAUUGAUCUGAACCAAAACGUCUCGCCAGAGAACGCACAAGACCCUCUCACACCUGAUGUACACAAGACGAGAGGUCCCUCCACGAAAGGGAAGUCAACUGAGGAGCUGGAACUGGAGAAGAUGCAGCAAUUGCAACAGGAAGUGGCGGAACUGCGGAGGAAGAAUGAGGAGUCUCUCAAAGUGGCCAUUGCUGGACCAGGGCAACCCACGAAGACGAGCAGCCACAUCACCAAGCCCAUGGAUUUCCACUUCUAUACCGACGAGCGGCACAAGCAACACGGCGAAAGCCAGCGGGCCGUAGAAUAUAAGGAGGUGGAUUUCAUAGGCGCCCUCAGGAAACACCCACCAUCUCCGUCCCGGCUGUCCAAGGGACCCACAAUCCCGAAGCCGUUCAACCUCUCCAGCGGGAAAAAACGCAAACUGGACGAGGCCCCCGCCAACUACGUCCCGUUGGCCCAACAGGUGGAAAACUUUCAGAAAUGCACCUCUGAGAGGUACCAUCUGCGGAACCGGAAGGAGGAAGAAGGUUCAAGCAAGCCUUUAAAACCCCGACUGACCAACCCCAAAACUCCCCGCUUGGAAACCAAGAGCCGCUUGAGACCCACCACCUGCAAGAGCGCAGCUGAGCUGGAAGAGGAGGAAAUUGCAAAGCUCCAACAGUACCGGUUCAAAGCUCAGGAACUCAACCACCGCAUCUUGGAGGGCGGCCCCCUCCUGCCCAAGAAGCCCCAGAUGAAAGAACUGACCAAGCCCAUCGGCUUCAACCUGGAAAUCGAGAAGCGGAUUCAGGAGCGAGAGGCCAAGAAGGUCCAGGAAGAGGAGCACUUCGAGUUCCACUCGAGGCCCUGUCCCACCAGGAUCUUGGAAGACGUGGUGGGUGUUCCAGAGAAGAAGCAGAUUCCCAUCACGGUCCCCCAGUCCCCGGCAUUUGCCUUGAAAAACAAAGUGGGCGCCCUGGCUAGAGAGGAACAGAAAGAAAAGGUGGAGGAAGUGGCCCAUGUGAUUAAAGCGAAGCCGAUGCCCCACCCAGGCGUGCCCUUCAAACCCAAAGUCACAGAGCCCAGGCUGGUAGAAUGCUGCCCGUUCUCUUUUGAGGCCCGGGACAAGGAGCGGCUGCUUCAAAAAGAGAAAAAAAUGGAAGAGCUGCAGAAGGAGGAGGUGCCCAAGUUCAAAGCCCAUCCCCUGCCUCAGUUUGACCACAUCCAUCUGCCCGAGAAGAAAGUCAAGAGCGCCACGAAGCCGGAACCUUUCCAACUGGCCAUCGACGCCCGUGGAGCUGUCCGGCAGGAGAUGUGGCAGCAACAGCUGAAGGAGGAGAUGAGGCGCCAGAAAGAAGCCGCCACCUUUAAAGCGCACUCCAGCCAGGUGUUGCAGCUGGAACCUUUUGUUCCCAAGAAGGACAGCAAGCUGGCUUUAGUGUCCGAUCACUUCGAGCUGGCCACCGAGCGACGAGCCAGGGAACGUCAAGAGUUCGAGAGGCGGCUAGCUGAGCUGGAGGCGGAGAAGGCCCGGCUGCAGGAGGCCGCCCGGCGGGUGGAGGAAGAACGGGCAAAGGAGGAGAUGGCCAAGCUUCGGGAAGAUCUGGUGCACAAGGCCAACCCCAUCCGGAAAUACAGCAGCGUGGAAGUGAAACCCAGCGACCACCCGCUGACCGUGCCACGGUCUCCUAAUUUCUCCGACCGAUUUAAUCGUUGAGUCCCGCUGCCUCGAUGCCCGCCCGAUUGCAAAACUACAGAGGGGAGGGGAGUGGGGGGCAUCCUCCUUGACUUUGAAAUGUUUUUUUUGUCUGUGACUCGGGGGGCCUCCCCACCCCAGUUCUCCCCUCCCUAAAGGCUCCCCAGUUUUAUCAUUUUAUCAUACCGUUGGAGGAGCCUUUGUAUUUAUCUCUAUUAAAUAAAAAAAUAUAGAUGAGGGAAAUUGGACACUGGGAAGGUUUCUUUCAGCCAUUGUGGGGGCUGUUAUAUUCUUCUGUCCUCGUGGGGGGGGCAUAUCCCAUGCCCCUCCCCCACCUACCCUUUUUUGCAAAUAGCCUCUCUUGGCUGUAGUUUACCAGAUCAAGGAUUGUUUUGGGAGUCCUGGAAGUGUGUGUGUGUGUGUGUGUGUGAAUUGCUGAUCAGGAACCAUGUUUUAAAUAACCACCUGCAGUACAGGUAGUCCUCGACUUAACAACAGCUUGUUUAGUGACCGUUCAAAGUCACAACUUCACUGAAAAAAGUGACGACAGUUUUUCCAGGCUUACGGCCAUUGUGGCAUUCCUCGUGGUCACUUUUUUUUUUUUGUUUACAUUUAUAUCCCGCCCUUCUCCGAAGACUCGGGGCGGCUUACAGUGUGUAAGGCAAUAGUCUCAUUCUAUUUGUAUAUUUACAAAGUCAACUUAUUGCCCCCCCCAACAAUCUGGGUCCUCAUUUUACCUACCUUAUAAAGGAUGGAAGGCUGAGUCAACCUUGGGCCUGGUGGGACUAGAACCUGCAGUAAUUACAGGCAGCUGUGUUUUAAUAACAGGCUUCUUACAGCCUGAGCCACCACAGCCCCUUACAGCCUGAGCUACCACGUGAUCCAAAUUCAGCCGCUUGGCAGCUGGCUCAUAUUUAUGGCGGUUGCAGUGAUCCUCUUUUGCGACCUCCUGACCAGCAAAGUCGAGGGACAAAUGACACUCACUUAACAACUGUAUCCAUUGCAGUGAUUGACUUAACCAUGGUGACCAGAAAAGUGGUAAAAUGGAACAAGACUGGUUUAAGAAAUUUCUCGUUUAGCAACAUACAUUUUUGGUUGCAAGUUGAAGACUCUCUGUAUUGUGAAGUCAGCACAGGUUUUGACUACGGUAUGUGCUUU